AGCAGAAUAGUCUGUUACAACCAGACAAUAUAUGAUGAUGCAUUGGUUGAGGGAUCAGAGUAUUUUGGUCUCACACUGAGUGUACCUGAGGCUUCAGUCUUGACACAAGUCCGACCAAUGUAUGACCAAGCAGCUAUAUUGAUCCUUGAUAAUGAUGGAGCAGGAAAGCGAUCUGUAGUGAAUGGCAGUGAUGCCUUUACUCACAUCAUCAAGCCAAAGUCAGUCACUAAUGAGACUAAGUACCAGGCGCACAUCCUGGCUACACGGCAAGUACCUGGAUUCUCUCAGUGCUACAGUAGCAGUAGCUGCAACGGGAGUACCAUUGCAGCGGUCAGUGCAAAAGACUGCUGUGUGGGAACAGAUGAUGGACUAUCAUUUUCUAAUGGUGGCAGCUGUACUGCUUGUGUAGGU